GCUGAUUAUGACUCCAUGUCUGCAUUUUCUUUUAAACAAAUUAAACCAAAGCCAAAUCAGAAAGCCAACAGAUCGAAACAACCUCCGAAUCCCUGAUGGUGGACGCUCCUUCCUUCCAAGCCAGCUGUUGUUUAAUACUGAUUUUGAGACACUUCCAGGGGUGUGUGCCAUCCUUGCUUCUGAAUCAAGAAAAGGCUCCACGUGCUUUGGGAGCAUUUGCGUCCACUUCGCCAUGGCCACAACGAGCGUUCGUGGCAGCCGGCUCUGGCCGACACCGGAGGAGUGUGGAAUGAAGGGCUCUUCGAUCAAAGAGAUGGAAGAUGCGACCUUGAAAGAGCAGCGCCUGCUCCUGGCGACAGAAGCAGAGCUUGAAACAGCUUUCUCGACGGAGCAAGCUUUAGCAGCUCAGCUUGCAGCGGCUGAGACCAAAGCACAGACCUCCUUGACAGAAGCUUCACAGAUGUCAAAGGAGGCUCUUGAAAAGCUCUCUUUGUCGGAGGAACGGCGUGAGGCAGUGGCCGGUCACCUUUCUUCAGCAGUAGAGCAAGUUGAGCGCAGGAUCGCAGAUGCCGAGGCAAAAGCUGAAGAAGCUUGUGCCAGCUUGCUUAGCCGCCAUGAGGCAUCCCAGCGGGAGGCAGAUGAAGACUUGAAGUCCUUCAAAGGUGAAAUGGAAAGCCGAGCUCAAGCUGCAGAGGAGCUCAUUUCAGCGAUGCAAGAUGAGCGAAGCCUGAUGAUAUGCGGAGGGCUCUCAGCUUUGCGGGGAGAAGCUCUUGAGGCCCGACUCAACAUGUCAAGGCAACGCAUGACCGAAGCUUGUGCUGCUCAUGAGGCUGCCGAGAAGCGAGAGGCCAUGGCAAAAAUGGCAUAUCGUGAAGCCUUGUCAGCCGAAGAAGAAGCUGCAAGUGAGGCUGUCUCUGAAGCGAAGCAGCAGAGUCGAGUGCAGGAGCAGCGAGCAUCUCUUGAAAUAGAGCGCAUCAAGACAGAGGCAGAAGCCGCGAAAGCAGAAGCGGAUGCAGCCGAGGAGUUGGCCAAAGGAGAGGCUAAGACCUUGUCUAGGGAUGCUGAGCAAAAGUGCCUGGCUUUGACCAAGCAAGCUGAAAAGUGGAACGCCGAUGCCUCUCAAGGCAUGCGCGGCGCUGCCGAACGACUUCGAGGAGCUGAGGUGGCAGCAGCCCAGAUUUGGAGAGACUCGGAGGAGCAGAUCGCCAAGGCGGUGAGGCAAAGUGAGUGUGAGAUGAAAGCGGCACUUGACAGCUGCCGAGAGGGUGAAGCUGCAGCUGAAGCAAAGGGUCUUAGGUUGAAGGAUGAGCUCUGCGACCAGCUCCAUCAGAUCCAGAAAGAAGAGACCAGCAGCGAGAACGCAUGGGCCAAGGCCAUGGGGACGAUACAAGCACAGAAGCAGCGGAAUGAAGAAGAUGAGACUCAGCGAAUCUUUGCUGCAGAGCACUUGGGGGGUUGUCUGCUGUCUGAAGAGCUUGCUGUCCAAGAAGAGGCCGUUGCUUUUGAGAUUGUGGAAGAGGAAGCUGCCAGUCGCCUUGAGGCAGAACUGGAAGCUCACCUCAAGGAAGCUGCCAUGCAAAAUCAUCAGUUGGCUGAAGGAAACGAAGAAGCUUUGCGGCCCUUGACCGAAGCUCUUCAACAUGCAAAGGACCGUGCAUCGAAAGUCUGCAAGGCUGCUGAGGAGGCCGAAGCCCUCUUCAACCAAGAAGCUGCUGCCUACUUGAGAACUGCAGAGCUGCGAGAGUCACAUCUUCAAGAGCGCAGCUUGACAUUGCAGGAGGAGCUGCUUUUGGCCAAGCAAAGAGCACAGCAGCGGACCUCCGAAGAAGAAGCAACAGCUCAAGCGAUUGAAGAAGAUGCCCGCUGCUCUGCAGAGCAGCAGAACCGCGCCUGCUGGGAAGAGGUUGCAGCAACACAUGUGGAGGCAGCACAGAUGAUGAAAACCAUACAUGAAGAAGAAGAACGCCUGAGCACAAGAGCACAGGAGCUUCUUGAUGAAUCUGCUCGAAUGGAGGUGUCCACCAGAAAGAUGCAAGAGGCUGAAUUGACCGAGGAGAUUGCUGCCAGAGAAGUUCGAACAGCAGUCAAAGAGGUGGAGGUUGCCCUGCAGAAGGUGCAACAGGAAUGUGAGCACGAAGAAGCUGCCGUGAGGGUGAGGGGACGUUUGGAAGAGAUAGAGAUGUGUGAGGUGGAGGCUCACCGUCGUGAUUUGGCCGAGAUCCGUUGGCAAAGUGCAGAGUGGCACGCAGAAGAAGCCUCGCUACGCUGCAAUGAGGCUAUCGAGGCUGCAGCCUCUCUAAAGACAGAAUACCGCAAAGAGUUGGAGGAUAUUCAAAAGAGGAGCGAAAAAAAGGAGUCGGAGGCCAUGGCAAAGUUGCUUGCAGCUGAAAAGGCAUUGGCAACUUCUUUGCAAUGGUGUGUCAGGCAAAACCAGAUCGGUGUGAAUGUGCUUACCGCAGAGCAGGUUGCCGGUGUGAAUGUCGGAGAUGUCGAAAAGAGUCCACAUUCUCCGAUGCUAUGACCGUUUACCCUGACAGAGUUAAUGAUUCUGCACAGUCUGCAAGGCCUGCAGUGUGCCUCCUUCAGGAGACACACGGACAGACCAGCUCUAAUUCCGGGGCCACUGGCUCGGGCUGACGGAAUUCCGUCCUUAAGAGGCCGGGGUGGGCGAGGUGAAGAUCCAACAGGGGGACGCUUCGGAUGCGAAAAGUGCGAAAAGUGCUUUGCAAGUGGCUGGAUGCCAUGCAGCACAUAUUAAACUUUAUGUAUUGCAUAUUA